AUGCGAGCCAAAACACAAGCAGAUGACACGCAAUACUACGUCCAAGGCACGCAAUACUGCGUCCAAGGCAAGCAAAACUGCGUCCAGGGCACGCAAAACUGCGUCCAAGGCAAGCAAAACUGCGUCCAGGGCAAGCAAAACUGCGUCCAGGGCAAGCAAAACUGCGUCCAGGGCAAGCAAUACUGCGUCCAAGGCAAGCAAAACUGCGUCCAGGGCAAGCAAAACUGCGCCCAGGGCAAGCAAAACUGCGUCCAGGGCAAGCAAAACUGCGUCCAGGGCACGCAAUACUGCGUCCAGGGCACGCAAUACUGCGUCCAAGGCAAGCAAAACUGCGUCCAGGGCAAGCAAAACUGCGUCCAGGGCAAGCAAAACUGCGUCCAGGGCACGCAAUACUGCGUCCAAGGCAAGCAAAACUGCGUCCAGGGCAAGCAAAACUGCGUCCAGGGCACGCAAUACUGCGUCCAAGGCAAGCAAAACUGCGUCCAGGGCAAGCAAAACUGCGUCCAGGGCAAGCAAAACUGCGUCCAGGGCAAGCAAAACUGCGUCCAGGGCAAGCAAUACUGCGUCCAAGGCAAGCAAAACUGCGUCCAGGGCAAGCAAAACUGCGUCCAGGGCAAGCAAAACUGCGUCCAGGACAAGCAAAACUGCGUCCAGGGCAAGCAAAACUGCGUCCAGGGCAAGCAAAACUGCGUCCAGGGCAAGCAAAACUGCGUCCAGGGCAAGCAAAACUGCGUCCAGGGCAAGCAAAACUGCGUCCAGGGCAAGCAAAACUGCGUCCAGGGCAAGCAAAACUGCGUCCAGGGCAAGCAAAACUGCGUCCAGAGCAAGCAAAACUGCGUCCAAGGCAAGCAAAACUGCGUCCAGGGCAAGCAAAACUGCGUCCAGGGCAAGCAAAACUGCGUCCAGGGCAAGCAAAACUGCGUCCAGGGCAAGCAAAACUGCGUCCAGGGCAAGCAAAACUGCGUCUAG